CUUCGGUCUUACUUUUGUCCUUUUCCAUCGUGCGGAAAGGAUUUUAGACGGCUAGAACAUCUCAAGCGCCAUCUUCGUACACACACAAUGGAACGGCCUUAUCUCUGCAACGUUUGCGGCAAGCGAUUCUCACGGUCCGACAAUCUGGCCCAACACAAAAAGACACAUGAGCGC